AUGGGGUACUGGCGUGACCCUGAGCCCGGGGCGCGGGCGGCCUGCGGGAGCCCCGCUGACCCUCUGUGCCCAACGCAGGCCCCCAAGGGCCGGGCUAGCGGCCUGCCCACGACCUCCGGAGGCAAGCGCUUCCAGCUCUGGGCCCUGGGGCUCUUCUGCACCCAGCGCCACCUGGCCAAGCGCCUGAAGAACAACAGCUUCUACCCGUUCACACAGCAGCAGCCCAACGUCUUCGUGCUCGAGUACUACCUGGACACCCUGUGGAAGGGCACGCUGCUCUUCGUCGUCUGCCUCCUCCUCGUCAGCUUCGGCGUGGUGAGCCAGGUGCGGAAGCAGGAGACUUGGGGCUUCCCCGCGUGCGGCCUGGCCGUGGGCCUGUGGCUCAUGAUUUCGUCUUUGGCGCGGCGCCGCCUGGUGCUGAACCACGCGCGGGGCACGUACCACUUCUCCAUCCAGGGCCGCACCGUGUGUCAGGGCCCUAUGCACCUGGUCUACGUGCGCCUGGCGCUCAGCUCCGACGCCUACGGAAGGUGCUUCUUCCAGCUGGUUCUGUGCGGCCACAAACUAGAGCCGCUGGUGCUGGUGCAGCUGUCAGAGCGCUACGAGCAGAUGGAAUACCUGGGCCGUCACAUUGCCCGGAAGCUCAACAUUAACUACUUUGACUGCCUGGCCACGUCCUACCGCCACGUGGUCCGCCACUGGCCGCUGGGGGCCGCCUUCAGCCCGGGCAUCGUGCAGCGCAAGACCCGCACGUACGACAAGCGGGACUCCCAGUCCGACCUGGACCUGGACCUGGACGUGUAACGCCACAGGCAGCCUCGCUCCCCGCACCCCUGCCCACGAGCUGCAUUCUCCCUUCCCGGCCAGUCUCUCACCUUUACCCCCUCAAUAAAGCUGCCUGUCGCUUCCA